AUGGACACGCCUCUGCCAUCAGCAGAACAUUUCGGGGGCGGCUCUGGUGGCAGCCAGCUGGGUGCCCUCGUGUCCCGACGGCAUCCCGAGCUCCUCCGCUGCGACUGUGUGGAGGUGACCUGGCGUGGGAGGACGAGGAGGAGAGACCUCCUGCUUUUCCAAGACACCCUUGCUUUUGCCAAGCGCAGAUGUGGCACCAGGUUCUGGCUGCAGCACAGGGUGCGUCUGAGCGAGCUGUGGGUGCUGUGCCAGGAGGAGGUGGCGUGCGGGUGUGCACAAGAAGACGCAGCGUUGGGCCUGGACUGCAGCUGUACCCUCAUCCUCGUCUGGCCCACCAGCCUCUGCGGGGUCACUUUCGGCUCGCAAGAGGUGAAAGAACUCUGGCUGGACGCCAUCCUCAGAUCUCCGGUGACGAUGACUGCCCAGAUCAUCGAGACUCUGGUUCAGUGCCAGGCAAAAGCUCAAAGGCACCGAGAAGAAGACUGCAGUAGAGCCCUGGCCAAGCAGCAAGGGAGCCCAAGCAGCAAGAGAACCCAGAAGCAGCUGGAGCCCAAAGCGCCUGAGCCUGAGGACAGCAGAGAGCACGCUGAUGUGCAGACAGAGCUGUGUUCAGAUGAGCCUGGGGACCACGGAAUAGAGGCGGACGUGGUAGGUCAGGCAGACGUGCCCCUUGAGCGACCACCCUCAUUGCUCUGCAGCCUGGCAGAGGGCCGAGGAGCCAUGGCCAGGACAGCCGACAAAGGAGAGGGAGUGAAGCCAAUUUCAUCUCUCCAAGCAGCACAGGCACUAUUUCAGCGCAUGAAGUCCCCAUGUCUGCUGCUGGAAGCAAAAGAUCUUUCUCUCUCGAGUAAGCACAGCAGUUUUUUCCGGGAUAGUGCAAGUGUUGCUAGUGCAGAGGUAGACGAUGUGACGGUUUGGGUUUCUUCCCUUUCCAGGCGAUCAGGGAGAUACAUUUCUUGUGGUGACAACCACAGCAUUGAGCCACAAAACCGAGAGCAGUACUUGAGUCAUCUGCAGCAGAAAGAAGUUACAGUACAGCAUUUGAAAACAAAGCUGAAGGAGUCUGAGAGCAAACUUCAGGAAAGGGAAACAGAAAUAGAAGAGCUCAAGGCUCAGCUGGCACGGAUGAAGGGAGACUGGGUUGAGGAAGAGUGUAAGCAUAUGGAGCUGGAGCUGCACUUCUGGGAAUCGAGAAGGGAAAGUCACGAACUCCAGCAGGCUGUUGAAAGCAUGAGAAACAGCUUGGCUGAGAAAGGCAAAAUAAUUCAGAAAUACUUCAUAGCCAUAAGCAUUGCAAACAAGAAACUGGAAGCUUUGCUGCAGGGCCUGGGGAUGGCUCAGAAGAGCUCUGUGAGAGAUGAGCAGUGCCUGGAGUCCACGUAGGACUCAGAGGGGAAGCCGUUAGCGUUGUGUGCCACGAUGCCAGGCAGCCUCACCACGGAGGACCAAGCUCUGGAGGAGGUGGCAGACAGUGGGCUGCUUCUUAAUGAGGACACCGCUAACGGGACUGACUCAUUUGAAGAGCAUUUGACCGCCACAACUUCUGGGUCGAGCGAUCCAGCUCCCUCCAGUUCUGCUGUGUAUCAAGAGAUGCUUGAAAAUGUUCUGGAUGAAAAAACAACUUCUUCUCAGGAGGAGGAGAAAAUCAGCAAGGUGAUGGUGGAACAGGCCAUCCCAACUGACCUGGUGCCAUGGAGCCUAGAUGCGGAGUAGCUCAUUCAGAACAUCUUCAGAGCUCGAGAUGCCUGCCCUCUAAUCCCACCUGCUUCACUGAAGGAAUUGGGUGAAAUUUCUCUUGGAAGCCUCCGUGAUUCUGCUACCCUAGUGGACUUAACUCCAAGUGAUCCAAACUCUGCCGUCCUCUUGUCUCCUAUGGAGUCUCCAUGCAGGAAGGUGGAGCAUAAAGUUAAUAAAAACCGUUAUGUGAAAGAACUUGAUUUUGCAGAACCUCAUCAUGCUGAAGCCUUUGGCUAUGUCAAUACCCUCUCUCAGACAGCUUGA